CUGCCGGCGGCGGAGUCCCGCCGCCGGCAGGGGGCGCCGCCACCACCUCGGCCCUCAGCCGCGGCCAUGUCGGAGCUGGCGCUGGAGGAGCUCUCGGCUCUCGCCGCCAUCUACUGCGAGCCGGACGCCUGCGAGGUGCUGGCGGUCUCAGAGACGCAUGGAAUCACAUUUAGAAUUCAAAUCAGUGUGAAAGAACUGCUGGAUACAGAUGUGCUUUUAAAGCUGUUAUUUCAUUUACCAGUCAAUUAUCCAUCAACUCUACCAGAUAUUUCUGUUAACUCAGACCAGCUUACAAGGGCCCAAUGUAUGGACGUGAAAGAUAAAUUACUUGAACAAGCGAAGAUGCAUCUUUCUGAACCCAUGGUACACGAUCUGAUUCUUUGGAUACAGCAGCACCUUAAAUAUGUCAUUAAGCAAUCAGCAACAGUUUGCAAUGAAAAAACUACUUUGUCAAAAGGAACAAGUACAGAGGAUGGUAUCUGGAUGCUCCUUUUGCAUUUAGAUCACAUGAGAGCAAAGGCAAAAUACAUCAAAACCGUGGAAAAAUGGGCUUCAGAUCUAAGGCUGACUGGAAGACUGAUGUUCAUGGGCAAGAUAAUAUUGAUUCUUCUUCAGGGUGACAAGAGCAACAUUAAGGAGUACUUGAUUCUUCAGAAAACUUCUAAGGUAGAUGUGGACUCAAGCGGAAAGAAAUGCAAAGAGAAAAUGAUUAGUGUACUGUGUGAGACAAAAGUACAGUCACAGCAUAAAAGGUUUCAGAUGUUUGAAGUCAAAGAAUAUUCAACACUGGAUGAGCUACAAAAGGAAUUUGAAACUGCAGGACUUACAACUCUUUUCUCCGAGUUUGUGCCUCCUCUCUUAAAAUAAAAUUAAAAGAAAACACUGGACUCCUCAACCAAAGCAGUAGUUGACUGCAGAUACUGAUGGAAGAUAAAAGGACUAAUUUGGCAAACAAUGUUAAAGCUUUUCUGAAAAAAAUGCCAGAAGUAGCCAUCCUCUUGCAAAAAGGGGAAGGCAAUUCAUACAUUAAGAAUUAAUAAUUUUUUGACAUUUAUGUAUUGAUACCUUUUUCCAAGGACUGUGGAGCUAAUUGUGAUAAUUGCAUGGCAAGCAUGGGAGAUUGGGAAGAAAUCAUAUUAAAAUAAUAGUCUUCUAGUUAGACUCUGUUUUGCAAUCCCUGCUUUUCAGUGUUUUGGUUUUUAUCUCUCAUGGUAGUGUUUUUUCAUAAUGGUCUGCUAGAAAGCAGGAUUAAUUUGCUUUGAAAGCUUAUAUGAAGAUAUUGCUAUAAAAAGCAUAGCAAACACAGAUUUGAAUAUGUGAGGGCAGCAUAUACUUAAUAUCCCUUAGGUGUUCAUCUGCUAACUUUUCCUUCUCCAUUUAUUUGACUAUAAAUGCUAGACUGUUGAUUUAAAGAAAAAGUUCAUGUCACUUGGGGCCUGAAAAAACUUAGAAGUGUCUUUUUGAAUGUUAGUCUUUAUUCUACAAUGUAUAAAGACACCCAAGUGGAGAAUUUAAAUUGAUUAAAAAGCUAAGGUAGAGCCAAUUGUAGUAUUUUCUUUGAUUGUUUACAGAUUCCUUUUUGCACUUUAUCUGGUUUUACUCUGUGCAUCUUUAGAUAUCUCGAUUUAAUUAAACUGUCAGAACAGUA